AGUCAGGACUCACGUUUCCUCUCGCCUUCUGGCGCUAGGGUUGAAUUGGGGCGAUUGAAAAUGGGUCAAAGCACCCACCCCAAUUCCGUGUCGCUUGCAGCCCAGGACCCUACGCAGACCGCAGGCCACAGCUUGGGGCAUAAGACGCGCCAUGUCCUGUCUCGGACCCGCUCGCCCGCCCCAGCCCUCCAAGGGAAAUAGGAGGCUGGCAGGAAGACCUUCUGGAGGACGUGGCUCUGAAGGUGGACUAGAAGAGCGCCCUGGGUGGGGCUGAGGGGGCUUGAGUGAGUGGGAGACCGCUGCCAGGCGCUUGGAAACGGCGUGAGCCACGCACGAAAGGGUGGGGCGUCUUGGGAUCUCGAGACUCCGGGGAUGCGGUCCGAGAGGGUAAGGCAGGACGGCUGGGCAGUCCCGCUGCAGUGGGAAGAGUGUGACUACCUGCAGAUGAUUGAGGUGCAGCACAAGCAGUGUGUGGAGGAGGCCCAGCUGGAGAACAAGACGGCAGGCUGCAGCAAGAUGUGGGACAACCUCACCUGCUGGCCAGCCACCCUUCCAGGCCAGGUGGUCGUCUUGAGCUGCCCCCUCAUUUUCAAGCUCUUCUCUCCCAUUCAAGGCCUCAACGUGAGCCGCAGCUGCACGGAUGAGGGCUGGACACACCUGGAGCCUGGCCCGUACCCCACUGCCUGUGGCUUGGAUGACACAGGCCUCGGUUUGUAUGAGCAGCAGACAGCCUUCUACAGCUCCGUGAAGACCGGCUACACCAUUGGCCACAGCCUGUCCCUCGCCGCCCUUCUGGUCGCCAUGGUCAUCUUGAGCCUGUUCAGGAAGCUCCACUGCACGAGGAACUACAUCCACAUGCACCUCUUCAUAUCCUUCAUCUUGAGGGGGACGGCUGUCUUCAUCAAAGACAUGGCCCUCUUCCGCAGCGACAGCGGGGAGUCGGACUCCUGCUCCACCAGCUCGGUGGGCUGUAAGGCAGCUGUGGUCUUACUCCAGUACUGUGUCAUGGCCAACUUCUUCUGGCUGCUGGUGGAAGGCCUCUACCUGCACACACUGCUUGUCGUCUCCUUUUUCUCAGAGCGGAAGUACUUCUGGGGGUACAUACUCAUCGGCUGGGGAGUGCCUGGGACAUUCACCAUGGUGUGGACCAUCAUCAGGAUCUAUUUCGAGGAUAAUGGAUGCUGGGACACCAUCAGCUCCCCACUGUGGUGGAUCAUAAAGGCGCCCAUCCUCACCUCCAUCUUGGUGAACUUCAUUCUGUUUAUUCGCAUUAUUCGAAUCCUGGUUCAGAAACUUCGGUCCCCAGAUGUUGGCAAGAGUGACAGCAGCCCUUACUCGCGGCUGGCCAAGUCCACCCUUCUGCUGAUCCCUUUGUUUGGAGUUCACUACAUCAUGUUCGCCUUUUUCCCAAGCAACUUUAAGGCUGAAGUGAAAAUAGUCUUUGAGCUGGUUGUGGGGUCCUUCCAGGGUUUUGUGGUGGCCAUCCUCUACUGCUUCCUCAAUGGUGAGGUGCAGGCGGAGCUGCGGCGGAAGUGGCGGCGCUGGCACCUGCAGGGCGGCCUGGACUCGGAUCCCAAAUACCAGCACCCGUCAGGAGGCAGCAACGGGGCCACCUGCAGCACACAGGUCUCCAUGCUGACCCGCGUCAGCCCGGGCGCACGCCGCUCCUCCAGCUUCCAAGCCGAAGUCUCCCUGGUCUGACCACCGGGGACCCAGGGCGGCUGCGCCCGCCCGCACCCCAACCCCUACCCCGGCGGCACCGGGGACAGAGGCCUGCUCGGACGAGGCCGGCCCCAGCCCUGGGCUCGGAGGCUGCCCCGGCCCCCAGGUAUCACGGGCACGGGCUUCUUUGGAGAACUGUGCCCUUGCGCCUGCAUGGAGCGAGGAGGGGCAUAGAUCCGGAAACCAUCUGCAACCUGGGGCGCUGGGGGCUCCCACCCAGCAGACGUGGGAUGGAGCUCAGUCAUCAAACCCCUCCUCAAAAGCUCCCUCCGCCAGUAAAGGCGAGAAAUCCGCAUCUUUUCACCUAACUCCGCCAGAUAGCUCUCAAGUUUAGAGGAAGGCAACCGCUCAUCCCCAAACAGUCUGAGGGGAAACGUGGUGUGAUCCAAGGCGAUCAAGCUCUUGUCCCUAGAGGUCACCCCGCCGCCACCUCGACAGUGCCUGAAGUUCCGCCCUUGCCGUCAAGUUCCUCUGGGUUAAGCGUUGCCACUGAGGUGCCGCUCUGAAUAUGCAAUCCCGCCCACCCCUCUUGGCUGCCAGCCCCUUGAGGUGGAUGAGUUUCUCUGUCUCAGGCAGAUCGUCUGUGAUGAGGGGCUUUAGUUUGGGGAGCUCAACUGUCUUCCCAGUCCCCGCUGAAACGAAGUGUCCCAGGGUGGCUGCAACAACUCAAGGGGACUGUCACCAGCCCUACACACCCCUACGGGCUGUGGGAGCUACCCGCCGCCGCCCUCCCACCUGCGUGCCAACCACCAGAGCCAGGCUCAGUGAGGCGCCUCAGGGGCAUCUUGAUGCUCACACUGACCCAGCAAAUGCUCCUAUCCACAGAUCAGGAAACCGAGCUCACAGAGAGCAGGUGCCUCACCUUGUCAUGCAGACAGGAUUUGAACUCAGAUCUGCCUGAUGGGACAGUGAAAUCACUGACUCCUAACUGCUGCCUUUUAUAUAUAACAAACUGGUCCUCAUGGCUAUUUGUAUCACCGCUAUUAUUACCACCAUCCCUAUAACCCCAUUCCACCCGACCCUCCCUGCAGUGUGGCUGAGGAGUCCUCCAGCCGUGUAUCAUCCGGACAAGAGCCUGGUGGUCACAGCAUCUUGUGGGUGCCCUGCACCCCUGUGGCCACAUGGCUUCCUGCCCAUGCCCCAGCCAGCAGAUCCACUCAGGACUGCACACAGGCUUGUGCGACAAUAAAUGGAGGUUGAAUCGG